UCGCAUCUCCCUUCCUCCAGACCGACUGGCAUUCCGGGGGUAGAAUACGGAUCGUUAGUGAUACAGCUGAUCUCGCAAGCUCUAGGCCUUCUUCUUCCCAUCUUCUCCCUCUCUCGGUCUUUCCAUCUUCACCCUCGUCCGUCGUUCAUCGUUCAUCGUCCAGUUCACUACCAUCCAUUGUUUACACCCCUCGUCGCUUCUCUCCUUCCACUCGCUUAUCCAUCUUGCUUGACCAUGGCGGCCACAGCUAGCUCGGCCUCGGCCUCCCCGGCCCCCGUUUUCCCUCGCAGCCAUGUCGGUUUCGAUAGUAUCACCUCGCAGAUUGAGCGGAAGCUGCUGAAACGUGGUUUCCAAUUCAACGUGAUGUGUGUUGGUCAAACCGGUCUGGGUAAAUCCACACUGAUUAACACCAUCUUUGCUUCUCACUUGAUCGACUCGAAGGGCCGCCUGACCCCCAAUGAACCUGUGCGUUCGACCACUGAGAUCCAGGCCGCCUCCCACAUCAUCGAGGAAAAUGGAGUCCGCCUGAGACUCAACAUUGUCGAUACCCCUGGGUACGGUGACCAAGUCAACAAUGACAGAUGCUGGGAUCCGAUUGUGAAAUAUAUCAAAGACCAGCAUUCCGCCUACCUCCGAAAGGAGCUGACUGCUCAGCGCGACCGCUACAUUCAAGAUACACGUAUCCACUGUUGUCUGUUCUUCAUACAACCAUCCGGUCAUGCUCUCAAGCCAAUUGACAUUGUGGUCCUGAAAAAGUUGUCCGACGUUGUCAAUGUCGUUCCCGUCAUUGCCAAAGCCGAUUCGCUUACUCUUGAAGAACGCCAGGCGUUCAAGGAGCGUAUCAAGGAGGAAUUCGCUUUCCACAACCUGAAGAUGUACCCUUACGAUAAUGAUGAACUUGACGACGAAGAGCGAGCCGUCAAUGUCCAGAUCAAGGACAUCAUUCCAUUUGCCGUCGUCGGUAGCGAGAAAACCAUCGUUGUCAAUGGUCAACAAGUCCGUGGCCGUCAGAACCGAUGGGGCGUCAUCAAUGUGGAGGAUGAGAACCACUGCGAGUUUGUGUAUCUGAGGAACUUCCUGACCCGCACCCAUCUCCAGGACCUCAUCGAAACAACAAGCCAGAUCCACUAUGAAACGUUCCGUGCCAAGCAACUUCUUGCGCUUAAGGAGAGCAGCGCUGCAGGAGGCCAUUCUGGCGGUAGCCGGCCUAUCAGUCCUUCUGCCGACAGGGAGCUGAGCCGUAACUCUCAACGAAUGACUAUGAACGGCUAUUAAUUACUCGCGCCCGCUCAAGAUGGACUUGGAUGGCUGCCGGAACAGAUGUUCUUGAUUGGCCGUUUCCAAACUUGACAGGACUGUCUUCGGAGGACAGCUUCAGCGAUCUUCCUGCCCUCCCCGUUUUCUCUUCCCCAUAGCAAUACCUUCAUACCAGCAGACCCUUACAAUAUUUUUUUAACUUUAGGCUUCUUUUCGUACUAGUUUCUAUCUUAAUAUCUCCUCUGCAGGGAACACUAUCAUUCCUGGAUUCACCUAAAUAUGGUGUCGUCGUUACCGAACGGUGGAAUCUACUUUGCAUCGGGAACGUGUGGCGUCCUUGCGCGUCAUGCUAUGUAUUUAAACAUCCUCAAUUUCAAUUCUCU